AGAAGAGAAACUAAGAUGGAAGACGGAGUGGAAGCCAUUGAAGACUUGGUUAAAAACAGAGAGGAUAUGAGUGCAGAUGAAGAAACGGAAGAACAAAUUGAACAAGGCAGCGAUGGAGAAGAAGAAGAAGGCAAGUCUAGUGGGGUUGUAAAAAGCUUGAUUUCUGCCUUGGUUUCGGGAGGGAGAGAGGGAGAAGAAGGGGAGGGGAAAAGCGAAGACGGCAGAGCUUCCGAUCCUACAGAUGAUGCAAGCGGCGGCGGUGACGGAGGCGGAGGAGGAGGAAUCAUCAACAGUUUUAUUUCAAACAUCUUCUACCAGAGUGAAGGGGGAGAUGGAGAGAGUGCCGAGAAUGGCGGAGAAAAUGAGCAAGUCAAGGAUGCUGAAGAAGGUGAGGGAGGCGGAGGAGGAAUCAUCAAUAGUUUGAUUUCCAAUAUUUUCCACCAAAGUGAUGAAGCCGGAGAUGGUGGGGAGAGAGCCGAGAAUGGCGGAGAAAAUGAGCAAGUGAAGAGCGCUGAAGAAGGCGGCGGCGGCAGCAGCAGCAGCAGCAGCGUUCUGGAUAAUAUUGUUUCUCACUUGCCAAAGCCUCUCUCAGAUGGUAUGGCGCCGGUGACGACGACGGAAGAGGCGUCUAUAUUGAUCCAUUCCAUUGUGCAUGACUAAUGGAGAUGGGAUUAUCAAUUAUGGUCUUCAAAUGUUUGUAUUUUACCAACAUUGAAUGAACAUAUUUUGUAAAUUAUAUUUAGAUGCAAAUUAGGUACGAUAAUGGUUAUGAAUUUUAAUUUACUGGUCACUUGAAAUUAUGUACUAUAAGUUUAUAAGAUUGAUGUCUCAUAUUUUCUUUAAAA